AUGGCACAGCCAAAGUUCGAGCUUCCCAUCCCGCAAGCCAAGUACUGCAUCGUAUCGUUUCCGGCUUCAAAUGUGCUCUUGGUAACAUUGAACCGGGCGAAGGACUUGAACUGUGUAAACAUGGAUGGCCACAGAGAGCUCGACGCACUUUGGUCAUGGAUGGAUGCUGAGCCUGGACUUGCAUGUGGUAUCCUUACCGGCUCGGGUAGAGCCUUUAGCGCUGGAGCUGAUUUGAAGGGCGAGUACUUGAGCGUUUGCUUGAGAAGUACCAUGCUGACUCGAUUAUUUGCAGAAUGGAACAACACAAACCAAACCGGCCAAAAGCGAGCGCACCCUCCAGGCGGCUUCUGUGCCCUGUCGAGACGCAGUGGCAGGAAACCAGUGAUUGCUGCAGUGAACGGGAUCUGUUACGGCGGCGGCUGCGAAGCGAUCAUCAACGCCGAUAUGGUGGUAGCGGCCAAGAAGGCAACCUUCGCUCUGCCGGAAGUGAAAAUUGGUGUAGCUGCUCAAGCAGGAGCUUUGCCUAGACUCAUCCGGACUGUUGGAAAGCCUCGAGCUAUGGAGAUGGCCUUGACGGGCCGCACGAUCAGUGCCGCCGAAGCACGAGAAUGGGGACUUGUUAAUAAGGUGGUGGGAGAUGGGGAUGGGGAGGUUGUAAAUGCUGCUGUCGAGUACGCCAAGAUGAUCGCGGCGAAUAGUCCAGAUGCUGUGAUUGUGACUCGGGAGAGCAUCAAGCUGGGCUGGGAGGCGGUCGGUGCUGAGGAUGGCACGAGAAUGUCGAAUGAGAUCUGGGGGCCACGGCUACAGGCCGGCGACAACUUGAAGGAAGGCAUCGCGUCGUUUGUGGAGAAGCGGAAGCCACAGUGGAAGCCGUCGAAGUUGUGA